AGUCUCCAGUUCCGCAGCGCAGUUAGUGAGUGCUGCUGCUCACUGCUGGCGCCUGUGCCUUUAUGCACGCAAGAGGGUGACGCACGACGUAUAUAAGCAUUCUGUUUUUUUUUAAAGGAGAAUGACGUUACAGCGGCGGGCUGCUUUCGGAUACCAAGAAUUGCAAUAUCGGAGACAAAUGCUCGAAAAUGUUGACGAAGCUUAAUGACAAACAGUAUUAUUAUAGCACCAGUUCUUUUGCGUAUGCAAGUAUAUAUCUACGUUCACAAAUAAUUCGUUGCAAUUGCCCAGCAAGUGUACAGGCGAAACAAAAGGAGAAGAAAGGGAGAUAGAGAUAGAGAGUGCAGACUGAUAAAGCUUCAAUCAGACGUAACAUAAAAGCAAUGAGCGUAGAGUCGUAAUAUUACUAUUGAAUCGGUAAAAUUCGAUUAUGGUUAGCCAAAGCUGCGAUCACCAUUUCUGUCGUCAUUACUGUACUCAUCAACAGUCACUGGUGAUUAUUGGACGAUUUGAAGGACUUGACCCUCUUAUCGUCUUCGACAUUCAAAUAAACGGAAGCGGCUUGUUUACCAAUUAAUCAUUUCAUCAGUAUUACAUUUAAUAUCAUCCUACGUGUUCCAGAGCAACAUUACGUUGUUCUUAUGAAUAUAUAGCAAGCAAGCCUAUAUUCUAUCAGCCCAUUGACUUUUUGAUUUAGUAUCCAAUUAAUUAUUACUCACUAAUAUAAAAACAUGCCGUCUUCUUUGUCUUUUGAAGUGUUGCUUGUAGCAUUUGUACUGAUCUUGCCAUUUCUUUAUGAAACCAGUAGAACUUUUCGUUAUUACUUUAAGUUUCUCAUGUACUAUGGCAUUGUUAUGAUUAAUGCAGUUAUCCUUAUACCAGUUAUGAUGUUUCGUUCACGAAAUGUCAAAAAUUUAUUAUUAGCAUCUUCAUUCUGUCAUCAUGUAAGUACUCUGCUCGGAAUCAGAUGGCAAAUCAAAGGUCGGGAACAUUUAGAGAAAGAACGUGCAUGUAUUAUCGUAGCCAAUCAUCAAAGUUCACUAGAUAUUUUGGGAAUGUUUGAUCUUUGGCCAAUCAUGGACAAAUGCACAGUAGUGGCUAAAAAAGAGAUAUUUUAUGCUUGGCCUUUUGGAUUGGCAGCUUGGCUGUGUGGACUGAUUUUUAUUGAUAGAAUGAAUUCUGAAAAAGCAAGAUCUGUUAUCAAUACUGCUGUUGAGAACUUGAAAGAAAACAAGAUAAAACUUUGGAUCUUUCCGGAAGGAACAAGAAGAAAUACUGGUGAAAUUCAUUCUUUUAAAAAGGGUGCUUUUCAUGUUGCCAUUAAUGCUCAGUUACCUAUACUACCUGUAGUUUACUCUUCAUACUAUUUUAUGUCAAAGCCAGAAAAACGCUUGGAUCCAGGACGUAUCAUCAUCACAGCAUUACCACCAAUCUCUACGAAGGGUUUGGAUGUAAAAGAUGUUCCUGAUUUAAUGGAAAAAACGAGAUCUUUAAUGAUUGAUGUAUUUCAAUCCACAAAUCAAGAAAUACAGUUGUCAAUGGCUCCUAAAGAGGAAAAUGGGCAGUAGAAAAAAUUACCUUUUGGAUUGCAGAUAACGAUACUUGAAAUAAAAUUAAAAAAUUUCAAUACAUUUUUUAGACUUGGUGAAAUUAAUUUUAAAAAUCAAGAAACUAUUCAAACUUGGUAUCGUUUUAGAUAUCUUUUGUAUGUAUUUUGUUUGAUAUCUAUUUAUUAAUACUUUCUUUUUUAAUUACCAAAAACACAUUACAUCAUUUUGUAAAAGAGCAUUUUCAAAUUUUUAAAUAAAUUUUGAAGUAUUAUUACUUGCAUCAGUGUGAAAACAGAAUAAAGUAUAGAAAAUUUUUGAUAUUUUUUUCAUUGUUGAAUUAGUCUAUCUAAUAACAUGAAAUUAAGUGAUCAUUUUAAAUAUAUUACAGUCAUACAUAUUUGCACAAAUUAAAAGAAUUACAAUGAAUUUAACAAUAUUAAAUAUAUCAUUUUGAUAAUCAUUGAGGGAACAAUAAAGCUGCAGCGACUGGUUCCUUUUAUUUAAAUAAACGUAAUUAUAAGUUUUUAUUAGAAAAAACCAAAACCGCUAAUUAUAUGAAUAUAAUUGCUUUGAAUUUUAAUUUUUGAGACUAAAUACCAAAUAUGAUUUUGUAACUAGUGAGAUUUGCAAUGUAUAUUAUGUGCAUUCCUAGUCAGAUCACUUUUUAUUUAAUCAAUGUUUUUAGAACACUAAGUUUCAAUUGUAUAAAAAUUAUUUGUCAAUAAUACAGUUUCAUUAUGACUGCUAA